GAUAACAUAUGUAUAACCUCAAUAAAAUUUGCGUGGAGAUUUUUCGAAAUGAAUAAUAGUGAAAAAAUGCAAUUAGAUGUGUGGAAAGGUGAUUGGGGUUUGGCGUCAAUUGACAUAGAAUGUUUGCAAGUUUUGGCCUAUGCGAGAUUCAAUGGGAUACCGUUACAAGUAAAAGCAACAAAUAAUCCUUUUAAAACACCAAACGGUCGAUUACCUGUAUUAAGAACAAAAUAUACUAGCUUGGAUAAAGUUAGUGAAAUAAUACAGUAUCUUAAAGAAACAAAUUUCAAUUCAACAUCUGCAAAUAAUUCAAAAGAAUACGCAGAAUUUGUAGCUUAUGAUACUAUGCUUAAAGAUAAACUUUAUCCUGCAAUGCAAUUUAUAUGGUGGCUAGAUCAAACAAAUCUUAAUGAAUUAGUGAGGCCUUGGUAUUGUAAAGCUGUGCCUUUUCCUUUGAAUUAUUAUUAUCCAAGUAAAUUUGAAAAUCAAGCGAAAGCUGUGAUAGAAAUGUUAUAUCCUACUGAGGAUAAUAUGUCUGUAAUAGAAAAUAAGGUAUAUUCAGAGGCUCAAAAAUGCUUAACAUCAUUAUCUACUAGACUUGGAGAUUCUAAGUAUUUUCUUGGCCAAUCUCAUACUAUGUUGGAUGCGGUUGUAUACUCUUAUUUAGCACCAUUAUUGAAAACACCUUUAGUUAAUCCUCCUUUGCAAAAUCAUUUAAAAGCAUGUACGAAUUUGGUCAAUUUUGUAACACAUAUAUCGCAAAAGUAUUUUAGAGAUGAAUAUCAACAAUAUGAGAAAAUAAAGUCAGAAAAUAACGUAAAGAGAAUGAGAAAAGACUCUUACACAGAAUUUCCAAAUAAACGACGUGAUCAAAUAUUAGCUGGUAUAUUUGCUGCAGUAGCUAUGAUUGGUUAUGCCUUAUUAACUGGGAAAUUGGAGGUGCCUAUAAAGGACAAUAAAAUGAUUAGUCAAGCUGAAGAAUAUAUAUUAGAGGAUGAAGUUGAUGAAUAAGAUUUAUUUAAGGUAUUCAAAUAGUAACAAUAAAAAUUUUGAAUAACAGUGUCAUAAAUAUAUGGUUUUAUAUUUCACAAUAAUAAACAGUUUAUUUUUUUGGAAAUAUAAGCUAUUAUUUUGCAUUUUAAAUGCAUGAUAAAUGGAAUUAUAAACUUUGCCAUUAAUUUUUUCUUGAUCUAUGUUUUGGAAAAAUUCCAGAAGUAGCACAUUGUAUUUCUUCUAUGAAACUUUCAAAAUUAUGAAUUGUAGUACCACCUAAGAUAAUUUGUACGCCCGGAUUUUGUUUGUUUAAGUUAUAUAUAGUUAAACUUUCUUCAUAUGUUGUUCCACCUAUCAUAAACACAAUAAUAUCUUGUGGCCUAUGAAGUUAAGAAAAUAAUUAGAGAUAUGUUUAUAAUCAUUGAAAAUGCAUUAAAUAGCUGUAGAAAA